ACGUUUUUCAAAGUUUCCUACCAUCACCCCGACAACUGUGCAUGAACUGCAAACGAUAUUCAGAGCCCUUUUUACGAACUUUUAUCAUCGGUGCCUUGGUGGUUACCGACUGCUCUGAGUGUACUAUACCUCGCGGCUCACUCUAACUCUGAGGCGUGGUUGGUACUAUUUUAAUACUCUCCCAGUCAACAAACUUGGUUGUAGCCUCACACACACAAGUCACUGUCGCCGUUGAUUCACUCUCGUCAAGCCAACAUCCAUCUUCACACAUCAAACUUCACAAGCUCGGACAUAAAACUCCAUAUAGCACAGCACACUCACCGCUACAAACAAGUUCUCACUGUUACCAGCACUCUCACCGAGUACUGCAGCGGUAAACGACAUCUCCCAAUACAACCAUACAUCCAACAAACCCACCAAACUACAACAAGCGCAGGCUGCAGCGGUGUGCCUUUUUUGUUCCAAGAGAGGCUGUGAUUACCAGUCAUACAGGACGUUGCUGUGCGACUUCUGCAGCAAUAUCCGACCGAGCACCAACCGCCUGUCCAUGCGAACUCCAGCUCAAAAAAUCAAGUCGCAAACACUACCACAACACUCUUCGGCCCUUCUUCCACUCUACCCACGUUCUUUUCGCAUGAGAGAGACUCGAUCCUGCACCUGGAUCUGUCAGCGCGCCGUCGACCCGUACAACCUACUCAUAGCAACUUUGCCGUACGGCACUUUCCACCUUUCAGUUCCCCGCCAACUUACAACUUAACCGCUGGAACCAAGAUUAUUCAAAAGCAAGAACGAACCCAAGUCGGAGCUACUGUGCUCUACUCUAUAUUAUAACGACCUUCGAAGCAAGCAUUUCCCACCUUGCCGACGCUCGUUGAACCUAUCAUAUCAGCCUCGGUAUAUUAUCUAGCCGACGGACGGAGAGUUAGCCUCCAGCUUUGCAAUAAACUAUACUGUGGCGAAAUUCGAUAUUGGAGACUCACCCCAUACCGAUCAUACCCCAUACACCAUCAUACCCGUCGCAUCCAUCUCAUCGUCGAAAAGCCACGAGGGUUUAAGUGGAUUCCGGUACUGGUAGUACAGCUACAUCCCAUCCUUGUCCACGUUGUGCUAUAUACACCAUAUACACUUCGGGCUUCUUUUCCUCUAAAGACAGUUAGAAGGAAAGAAAGGAAAGCUCUUAGCGACAAACUAUCCCACCUAUCCCACAUCCCACCUAUCUCGCCCGCACCAUACGAUCGUGAGAUUCCCGGCCCGCCUCUUCAGCUCGGACGCGCUUGCCUUCAACAGUACUCGAGUACAUACAAUUUACGAGUACAUUUACAUUUACUCCACACUUCUGAUACUCGGCGAAUGCACGAAUGCACAGAUCGCACAAUACUCAAGACCACUCCUUUCCCCGCCAUUACAGCGAAACACAUCAACGACUCCGCUGAUUCGCUCCACUUAAACAACACACCGAUAUUAUAUUGACACAAACCACCACCGCCCCUUUUCGCGCCCUCGCUCCGUCUCUUGGGCACACACUUUAACAUCCGCGCCAGGCUCGAACAGUAAGCUGUUCACUUCGGCGAUAUAGUAGCCAAAGCCUACGCACCUUCCUUGUCUUCUCCGGGUCGCCAACCAGCAUUCCCGUCUUUCCCGAAACUACAAAGUGUUAAUUACCCCAUAUUCUACACUACUACAAACUCAAUAUCGACUGGCAUUCCCUGGUCUUCGAUCCGCCAACCAAUAUACCUGCCUUACAGUGGCUACUACACACCGAGGAUAUACCGCUUGUGUACAGUACGGUACAAAGUGAGCAAAUCUCACGAUACUGUUACAGCCUCGGUCAACAAACUCUCCCUUGCCCAGGCUUUCAACAAAACACCAAGACAAGAAAGUGCGCCAAUCCCUUCUACUUCAUUAUUGUAUGAAGCUCGGCGAUUCGAUUGGAACUCGUCCCAGGUCUUAAGGCGGCCACGUUUUUUACCUGUCAUAAAUAUCGUGAGUGGGAAUUCCUCCGCAAUCUAGCGACUUGGCUAGCACCGCCUUUUUGUCUGGCUCAUCUACGAGCCCGACCCUACCACCUCGAACUCUCCCUUUAUCCAUGACAGGCAAAACACGCCACGCCUGCACUUUCACAAUACGCUGUCGUUGCUCCAUUAUUCCCUUGUCAGACGGCAAUUGACGGCUUGCGACACAGAUCGUACAUCAAGUACAGGAUCCUUGUCAUCCCACUAGAGUACCUUGCGGAUCCGGAUUGCGCAGUUUCGCCUCAACUUCGAAGCGGUAAGAGCGGUAAUUGAUGCACCACCACCACCGAGACGAACCCUUAAUAGCCAAGAGAGCAUUGCAACCUUCAGGAAUUACUACAUCUCCGACCCCCGCAAUCACCAACUAGCAACCUUCGAAAAGACAAACUUCGGCCCACAACUUGGCUGCGCAAACCUUCAGAGAACAGCCGGGGCCUCUUAAAAACAAUGGCUGGCACGGGAGCGUCCAGUCCCUUCAUCAAGGACGAGCCUGACGACCAGCUCUUCGGCGCCGCCGGGCACAACCAAAGAUUCAUGGGCAAUUCCCAUCAGCAGUUCAACAUGCCACAACAACAAUUCAACAACUUCGGUUCCACACCUGGAACGAAUGGAAGCAUAAACCCCAACGACCUGUCAAUGCCAAUGUCAGUUCAAGCGGGUAGUUACCUUGGCGGUGGCUUCCAAGGAAACUUUGCGUCGCAACCAUCAAAUCCCAACGGCAGUUACUCGAAGGGCAUCUCCGCAUUAGACGACGAUGACCUACUUGAAAGCCUGGGUGGAUUCCAAGAGCAGACCAACAUAGGCCACAAUGGGAUGCCGCAAAACCAGCAGAAUUUCAACAACCUCGAGGAAUUCGACUUCAACAUCCAGACCAUGUACCCCGGACAAGCCGGCUCCAUGCCGAUGGAGCAGCACCCCCAGAUGGUCAACGUCUACUCCAGCACACCCGACGGAGACCCAAUACAGAGCCCGUUCGUGCACAACUUCAACCACCAACAAAUAAGACAAAUGCAGCAGCAACACCAACAACAAUUUGGCAGCUCUCUGCAGUCACCUAACUCCUUCACAAAUUCCCCUCUCGCAGCUGAGCUGCAUUCUGGGUCCGCAGACAACUACAUGAAACAACGGACACGGCCGUCUCUGCCAAUGCAGCGCAAGCCGUCAAACUCAAGGGGACCAUUAACGCCAAAGACCCCUGGCAUCGGCAUCGGUGUCGGAUCCAUGAACCUCAACGGACAAGAAUCAGGCUCCUACCCCUCCCAACCUAUCCGCACCAGCGCCCACCGCAAGACCCCCUCAACACAAUGGGAGCAAAGCGUCGGCAGCCUGCAAUCCUUCCCCGGCUCCGGCUUCUCCUCCCCCAUCCAACAAGGCAUGCACCCCAACCCGCAAAUCGCCGACAUCCUCAAGACGGGCUCGAUGCCCACCAAGCUCAACGGCGCGCAAUCCGGCAGCGCCCCCGCGAUGCAGACACAGGAGAUGAAGCGACGCAGGCGGCGCGAGUCACAUAACCUCGUCGAGCGACGCCGCCGCGAUAACAUCAACGAGCGCAUCCAGGAACUCAGCCACCUGGUCCCCAUGCACCGACUCGAGGACGAGAAGGUGCGGAAGGCGCUGCAGAAUAACUCGCCCCUCUCCCCGACGCUGGGAUCGACGAGCAUUUCCCCGCCGCAGGCUACGUCGGGGCUUGCGGGGCCUGGGGCAAGGAGAGCGACGGCGGGGAAUAUUACGCAGGGCAUUCCGGUGGAGGAGAAGGAUAAGGGGCCUAAUAAGGGGGAUAUUCUUAAUGGGUCGGUGAGCUGGACGAGGGAUCUCAUGUGGAUGCUUCAUGUCAAGUUGCAGCAGCAGGAGGAACUCGCAAACCUUAUCACGGACCUCGGCGGCACCUACCCCUUUGAACCCACCGAGGACGAGAGGCGCAUGCAGACCGAGCUCGUGGACGCUAUGCACAAGAACGGCGUAUCAUCCUUCUCCUACUCCCGCGCCCCCGGCACGGGGCUGAGGGUGCCCAAACACACGGAUAUUAAGGGAGACCCCGUUGGCGCGGCGAGGGGCGAUGUGGAUAGUAGCAGUAAUGGCGUCAGCCCCGCGGAGAAUGGGGGAGGAGAGGACGCAGCGACGGCGGUGGGCGUGGGGGGCCAGUAUUGGAGCGGACAUAAUAGUGGGGGCAGUGGUGCGGGGAGUGUGAGUUUUAAGGAGGAGGAUGAGUAUGGGAUGGAUCUUACGCAGUAGUUGAGCUGCUGCGUGUUGUCUGUCCAGCUUGCUUGCGCAUCCUUUGCUUGACCUUUUUCAGCUUUACCCCCUCCCCCGGUCCACGGGGUGGGGGUUUCAAGUCAUUUCUCAUAUCUUACCUAUGAUACCUGGCACACAACAACGGCGUUACGACUUGAAAUGUGGCUCACGAUGUCUUGCUCUUUUUUUUUUGCUUUACUUUUGCUUUUACAGUUCGUUCCAAGUCCGCGCUUUUACGCGCGCGCGAAGACACGCAUGUUUGUUUGUUUGUUCUGUUGGUGUUUUUGGCGGUGUCGGUUAUUCGGGG